AAAUGGGGCACAAGCAAGAAUUCAAUUGACAAACAUACAUCUCGGGUAAAACAUGGUGCUGUACUGACUGUUCCUCUCUCUCGAUAAGAGCGGUAGAGUUGGAGAGGUUAUAAAUACGGACAGAGUGCGAGAAAAUUCAACAAUCGCACGAUGGCGCAACAUGUACAUCACUCGUGGAUGCCGGUUGUUGUUUUACUUAUUCUUGCAGUUUUCCAGUUCCAUCUAGCAAAUACUCACGUUUUGCUGCCCCGGGUCAGCACAUUCUCGGAACCCUCGGCCUCGAUAAAAAGUGUACGUUUAACCGAUUCUCAAACUUUGCCCGCGAGUGAAUCAGUCGUGCCCAAGUUUGGAAUUCUUGUGGAACUUGAUGGAACGGAUCUACAGGAUGAUCUCGAGCUUUCCUGGUCUGUCAACGAGAGAGACUGCAAUUCAAAAAAUGGCCUACGGAAAAUAUGGAGAGCCGGCGAGGGUCAGCGUUCUGUUUACGAAUUCCAAGAUGACCGCGUCUUUGAGGUUAAAGUGGUCUAUUUUUGCACCAAGGCGAAGACCGAGGAAAAAUGGAUCAACCUCGGCAAAAAUUUUGCCGUGAGUCCGAAAACCAAACCUAUACACUCACGUGUACAUCGUGAGUAUUCAGCGGAUGAAAAUUUUGGUUUUGAUGAUCCAAUACCCAUCGCAAAAACGGAGACAGACAUCAGAAUAAGGGGUGUCAGGAUAGAAACGUCUGAGAAACAUACCGAAUAUGAUGAUAACGGUGUUCCACACGUUUUAAUUAAUCGCCAAAUAGUGAUACGAAUAUUUGGUACAGGAAUUACAGAAGAUGUAGAAAUUGCAUUCACAAAUACGCGUGCCAAAAGAGGCGACAAAUGUGAGAGUCUGCAGACGGAAAAAUACCCUGUUGAAAGUGUGGAGGACAACACAGCUCUUGUCUCAGUAAAAUUUCCUCACACAGCCGAAUAUUUCAUCUGUGCAAAUCACAAGUCCAACGGCACAGAUCCUAGAUCUGAACUAAUCACUAUUGCCAGACACCAGGGUAUUGAAAAUUACAUUAUUAUUCGCGCAUACGAAAAAACACUGCCAUUAUGGGCCUCCAUAAUAAUCAUCCUCACUUGUUUGAGUUUCUCUGCUCUCUUUUCGGGUCUCAAUUUGGGACUGAUGUCUUUGGACAGAACAGAAUUGAAGAUUCUGUGCAACACUGGAACAGAAAAAGAGAAACAAUACGCUAGGACAAUAGAACCUGUGAGAAAUUUGGGCAAUUAUUUAUUGUGCUCAAUUCUCUUCUCUAAUGUUCUCGUCAAUUCGAUAUUUACUAUCGUUUUGGAAGAUCUAACAUCUGGACUCGUAGCUGUUAUUUGCACAACUCUCGCCAUCGUUAUUUUUGGUGAAAUUUCACCCCAAGCAAUUUGUAGUAGACAUGGCUUAUGUGUGGGAGCCAAAACUAUCUACAUAACAAAACUCACGAUGAUCUUGACUUUUCCUCUAAGUUACCCGAUAAGUAAAAUUUUGGAUUUUCUCCUUGGCGAAGAAAUUGGCAAUGUCUACAAUCGGGAACGUUUGAAGGAACUUGUCAAGGUGACUACCGGUUUCAACGACUUGCAAAAGGAGGAAGUAAACAUUAUUUCUGGUGCUUUAGAGUUAUGUAAGAAAACUGUGGCAGAUGUGAUGACUCGAAUCGAUGAUGUUUACAUGUUGGACUAUAGCGCUAUUUUGGAUUUUGAAACAGUCUCGGAAAUCUUGAAAUCAGGAUUUUCUCGUAUACCUAUAUAUGAUGGAGGCCGAAACAAUAUUGUUUCGAUAUUGUAUAUAAAGGAUUUGGCCUUUGUGGAUCCUGAUGAUAAUAAGCCGUUGAAGACUCUAUGUGAAUUUUACAAGAACCCCUGCAACUUUGUGUUUGAAGAUGUUACAUUGGACGUGAUGUUUAAACAAUUUAAAGAAGGGCACAAGGGGCAUAUGGCGUUUGUUCAAAGAGUCAAUAACGAAGGCGAAGGUGAUCCUUUUUAUGAGGUUAUCGGUUUAGUAACUCUUGAAGACGUCAUUGAAGAAUUGAUUCAAGCCGAGAUAAUGGAUGAAACCGAUGUUAUCACCGAUAACAGAAGCAAGAGAAAGAGAAUCAAACCACGGAAUCAGGACUUUACCAUUUUUGCAGAGAAGAACGAAAAUCAACGUGCUCAUAUAUCGCCACAGAUGAUGUUAGCCAUGUUCCAGUAUUUGUCAACCGUUGAACCCUUCAAGCCUGACACGAUUUCGGAAGGCAUUUUACGUCGUUUGUUGAAGCACGAUGUUGUUUAUCACAUCAAGGUGAAAUCGAGAGAGAAAGCACGACAGGACGCAUCGACGCUCAUUUACCAGCAGAAUAAACCAGCCGAUUAUUUUAUUCUCAUCCUGGAAGGUCGGGUGGAAGUUACUAUGGGAAAAGAAAACUUGACUUUCGAGAGCGGCCCUUUUACCUACUUUGGAACACAAGCUCUCGCAAUUAAUGUCACUGCCCUUGAAUCACCAGUCGCCGCGAAUCCAGUUGCAAUGGGAAGCAUCCACUCGUUAAAUUUAACCGCAAUAGCUCGUCACACUUUUACACCGGAUUAUACAGUUCGAGCAGUGACUGAACUGAUUUACGUCAAGAUCAAGAGGUCACUCUACCUUGCCGCAAAACGAGCCACUCUUUUAGAAAGGAGUCAAAAAGAUAUUUCGCCUAGCACGGAUCAGUUUGAUGACGAAGUAGAAAAGCUGCUACAUUCUUUGGACGAGGAUGAUCGCAGCGUACCAGAAUCUCCGAUUUUACCAAAAGAUAAAAUUUUCGACCAAGUGAUUGAGGAUCAACAGCAGACACCAUUUCAUAAGGUGACAUCUUUACCCGUGCUUCAGCCUGUGAGCGCUAGCCCAAUCACAAAUUCCAAAUUUGUUUCACCUCGCAGUGAUAACAAUGGAACAAUAAAAAGCUCGCCCAUUAAGACCACCAGUUUAUCGAGUUCUCCUGACGGGCCUUGUGUGGAUAUGCAAGGCGAGUCCGUGAGACUUCUGCCUGGAAAGACGUCAUCUGAAGAUGGUGAACGAACAACUCUCUUACAGAACGAAGAGAAUUCUUAACACUUGCAGAACGGCCGAUGGAAUGGGGCAUCGGUUGAACAUCAAGAGACAGCCACAAAAUUGCACAACAAAGGUCAGGAAAGUUUAGCGUGACACACGCUAAAACGUUUUUAGCUAUAACUAUUGAAUUACUUAGGUUUAGGAUACAAGUCGCAAUCCUCUGUGUAUUUUAAAUUGCAUUCAAUUGAUAUUUAUUGGUAUAAAUAUCAUUAUUUAAUCACGCAGCGUUAAAGCUGUACCCAUCCCUGUCAUUUGAGAUGAGAUUUAUUACACUCAGGGACUGGAUGUCAAAUUUUCACCACCUCCACCCAUUGUAAGAAAGAAUGGUCAUUCCAAUAAACUAGGGGAGAAGUCUACAGUAGAUAAUUCAUCUACAGUUGAUAAUCAUUUCAAAAUAAUUCAUUUAAUAGUAGAGUGAACUCCCACGUAUUCCAAGGGCCGUGAAACGUAAAAAUUCGGAUAUUUCAAAUCUGCAGGGUUAUUUUUGUCAAGCGACGUUUAUUGGCCGCUCCACACUUCGGGCCUCUUUUUAAUUGGCCAGCCACUGACGCGGACGAGACCGUACAAGGGCAGUGGUGGGAGUGAAUAGACAUCACCACUUGCAAUAGGCAAGCGGGAGAUACUUGGAAUAAGUGAUAGUUCACUCUAAGUAGUAUAUUAAAAUUAAUUAUUUUACAAAAAUUAUUACCCUAAAUGAAUGACUAUCUACUAUAGAUUUAUUAUCUACAUAAAUUUAGCUCACAUGAACAAAAACGGCAAGUACAAACCGAGGAUCAUUAGUCGUUAAAUCUCGCGUAGAAUUCAAUUUUAAUUUUGCAAACGGCCAACAUUGUCGUUCAAAAGAGCCUUACUUCCAGUCGUGCUCAAUCUAUUAGGGUGCCCAUUAUAAAUUAAAUAUUUUUGAAAAAUAAAAGCCCCCCACCCCAGUGUAUACAUUUUAAGAAAGUAAUUAACUCCCAUUUUUGUCAUAUAAUUAUUGAUUAAAGUUAUGUACAGUAUAAGACUUAAAAAGAAACAAAUAUGUUUUAAAAUGUUUAAAAAUUGCAGAAUGGAAAUACCGUAGUUACUUAAAUUCUAACAAAUGUUGUGGAAACCCCCUUAAAUUAUUAUUUUGGAAAAAACGCCAUCCUAUUGUAUCUCUCUUUAAAAAAAAAGUUUUUUUGGAUAUGCUCAAAGCAUUUAAAG